AUGACUGAUGUUAAGGAAAUUUCGUGUAAGCUUUGCCUUACAACUAUAACUGAUAAAGGUUUUGAAGUAAUAGACAACAUUGUUAGAGAUAUUCUAGAUGGUCUUUUGCUGAAAUUGAAAUUUGAUAGCGAGAGCAAAGGGGUUAUAUGUAACGUUUGCAGAAGAAAGUUAAACAAGGCGUCAGAAUUCAAGUCAACAUGUAUGAAUACCGAUAACACAAUAGCCCCCUAUGUGGAUAGCGAGAAAAUGUUGCAGCUCGACAUAAGAGAGGUGUACAUAAAGGAAAAGAAAAGUGAGUUAACUGGUAUGUCUAGCAAUCAAAAAAUAUGUCGAUUGUGUAUGCAACCAGUAAAACGGGAGUUUAGUUGUAUACGUGAAGAGGAACUGGAAGCUAUUCACAAAUUGACGCCUGAAAUAAAUAUAAAUAUCAUCAAAGAUCCCGUUGUUUGCAAGCCAUGCUUCGAUUCUCUGUGUACCCACAACAGUUUCCUAAAAGAUUGCUUAGAGGUAGAGCAAAAUAUUAAAGGCUUUGAAAAUUCAGCCACUGAAAAUCGAAUAGAAACGUCCGCAUCUGCCGUAUUCAUUAAGACUGAAAACAUGUACAGAGAAUUGGAUAUUAACGAGAUGGAAAUGUCGAUCAAAGCUGAAUAUGACAUAAAAGAUGAGGAAAGGAGUUUUACCGAGCAUCUUUCGGAGCACAAAGAUCCUUCGCAGAUUCAAACGUACAAGUGUAACGAAUGCAAUUUCGAAACUAAAUACAAAGGUAAUAUGAAAAAGCACCAACUGAAACAUGAAGAUUCUUCGAAGCUUCAUAUGUACAGAUGUAACGACUGCGAUUACGAGACUAAAUACAAGUAUAACAUCAAAACGCACCAACUGAAACAUAAAGUUUCUUCACAGGUUUAA